AAAAAGAGCAGACAGGGGCUGAGCGGAUAAGACCGGAGGCACAUGACUUCACCGCACCGCGCCAGAGAGGGGAGGUGUCACUUUAAUUAGAGCUCAUCACCACGCCUCUCGCCUCACAUCAUACCAAGUGUCCUCCUUCCUCCUCAUCCUCCCCAACCACUGCAUCCGGGUCGGCGUCCUCCUCCUCCUCCUCCUCCUCGCAGAAUGCAACGGGCAAUUCAAGCUAUCGGGUCACAUGGCAGUCUCCUCAAGUCUGCUGUUCUGCGACACAUCAGUGCUCCAAAACCAUCUAUUUUACCUGCUGUAUAUUCACGCUCCAUGUCAGUUUCAUCUGCUCAAAUAGAGGAGAGUGGAUUUGAGACUGCCACUGUGGCAGAUAUUUUGAAGUCUAAGGGGAAGAGUGCUGAUGGAUCUUGGCUCUGGUGCACUACUGAUGACUCUGUCUAUGAUGCUGUCAAAUCUAUGACGCAACACAAUGUUGGAGCUCUGGUGGUUGUUAAACCUGGACAGGAUAAAUCAAUUGCUGGUAUUGUUACUGAGAGAGAUUACCUCAGGAAAAUCAUAGUGCAGGGACGAUCUUCCAAGUCAACUAAAGUUGGAGACAUCAUGACUGAAGAGAACCAGCUGAUCACGGUGAAGCCUGAUACCAGAGUCCUGCAAGCAAUGCAGCUGAUGACAGAGAAGCGCAUCAGGCACAUCCCGGUGAUCGACGGCACGGGCAUGGUUGGGAUGGUCUCCAUUGGAGACAUUGUCCGCGCCGUGGUCAGCGAGCACCGGGAAGAGCUGAACCGGCUCAACGCCUACAUCCAGGGUGGCUACUAGGACGCCGACGUCGACGUUGGUCACUCGCUCCUGCCAUUGAGGCUGUGCCUGUCUGAAAAAGACUCCCUCUUCCAAAUAACGCUCGCUCGGGAUGAUGACGAAAUAGGCCGCGAUUUUCCUGGAGAAAUUGUUGCCGAAUGUUUCUGCUUGUUCGCGUGUAUUAUAUCAAUCUGAUGGUGGAAACGAACACCCAAAUAAAAUGAACCGUGUACACCGUCUUGUGCAGCAGCCUGCUGUUUGUGAAUUGUGGCAGGUUGUUGUUGAGACGAGUCUUGAUGUUUAAUUAGAUGGAUUUGCCGCUGUAGUUUGGGAAUCCUGGGCGUUUUCACAAGUCAGACGCUGAACAUAAGCAAAGCCUCUGGCCAUGUUUGGGGAUUGUUUGUGGAGUUUUUAACGGCUGAUGCUUCUUUUAGAA